AUGGAGGUCACUCAGCUCAUCAUCCCCACCAGUCCAGGUUCUCGCGGUUUAUCGACAACAACCACUCUGCACAGAAUGAGUGAUCCAAAGGAGCGGUUCUACCGCCACUUUCAGACAGAGAUUACAUCAAUCCAAGACCAGAUUGAAGAUCUCGCCCUGUUAUCACCAAUUAACGGGGAGCGACAAGAUUGCAUUGACACUAUUCUUGCCGGCAUCUCGAGAUUAUCAAAUGAGGUAGCUGACGCACGCGAUUUUGUACCAGCCUAUGAUCAGCGAGCGUACAGCUUGGCACUCAAGGGCCUUACUGAAAAAUUAAACGAGGCCACGGGCAAGUUUGCGCGCAAGUCCCGAUUUCAAUUCAAGCCAAAGUCUGGCGGACAUCAGCCGGUGGACGGCGCUACGAAAGAAGCCAGGCCGCGACAAGACUCUAGACACCUUGUUCAUGCAGGUUUCACUGGUCGAGAUGCUACCAUUUUGGAAUCAAGCACAUCUGCAAUCAAGGAUGACGAGGAGUCGGACGCGGUCGGCAACCUGCCUACGUUUGGCGGCAAGAAUUACAAUGAGGAGAUAUCGAGACCUGUGCUAGGGAAUAACAUUCGCAAGCCGUCCUUCUCUAGUGCAAAGACGAUUUCCAUAUACUCGCAAACAGGCCUACACAUCAUGCUACCGUCCUCGGCAUCGCGAGCCACGUCCUCGGGCUCACUCACGGAUCUAGAUCGAUGUAUCGUCGACAUGACUAUCCCCACCGCUGCCAGCAGUGGUACUCCGUUUGCCGGCCUUACAAUCAAGAACAUCAAGCAGAGCUUACUCAUCUGCGGUACAGUAGCUGGACCCGCCCACAUCACUGGAAUCAAGAACAGCGUUAUUGUCGUGGCGGCACGACAGGUACGGAUUCACGAGUGCAAUAACGUGAGCUUUUAUCUACGAUGUGGAAGUCACCCAAUAAUUGAGGACUGCUCGGAUGUUCGAUUUGCGCCACUGCCUGAUGUCUAUGCCGAGAGCGCUGAAAACUCCGGACAGGAUCAGUGGGAUCAGGUCGACGACUUCAAGUGGCUCAAGAACGAGCCAUCACCAAACUGGAGCAUCAUUGCCGAAGACAAGAGGCUGCCUGCCAACGUCUGGGCAAAGGACGUCCUAAGCAACCCGAGUCUGAGUACCGACGAUAUCCUUCGCAAAUUUGGCGUUCCGGGACUAUGA